UACAAGAAGUAGGUGUAUUAGUUAGCAAACAUCCGUCGAUACUGAGCUAAAAGCUUUAGUUCAGCACAGAGCUAAACAUGAAGGCAGGAAUAAAACACUUUGACCGGCCUGACUGACGACAUGAGACAGCCAGUGCUCCUUAUCAGUCUGUUGCUGGCAGUCCUCCCGGCCAGUGUGCUGACUCAGAACCCGGUGCCGAUUCAGUUCCAGACAGACCCAGUGCUGGUUCAGACUGGUACUCAGAUAGUCUUUACUGUGCUGACAGUGCCUGAAGUCCUGUCCAUGACAUGGCAGUACCAAGCUGUCACUCUGGGCUUGUGGGCUGGAGGAGCUGCAGUGAUUAACCCAGUGCCCCAGUUCCAGGGGAGGGUCACCAUCACUGCCACUCAGCUCCAAAUUGGAGGCGCCCAGCUCCGAGAUGCAGGGAACUACACGGUGAUGGUGACCCCCAUUGUUACCACAGGCCUUGCUACUAACUCCAGAACAGUAAACCUGAGGGUGUUUGAUGCAGUGGCCGGGGUGACUCUGGUGGUUCCCUCAGUGGCCAUAGAAAACAGAAAUGUGUCUCUGAGUUGUACGUGGACUGCUGGGACAGAGGUUAACGUGCAGUGGGGCAAAAACGACGUAGCCAUCAUCGCCGACUCCAGGAUCACCAUCUCGGGUGGUUCCCUGAUCAUCAACCCAGCCACACGUAAUGAUACCGGGACCUACACAUGUACUGUCAGCAACCCUGUCAGCGCCCAGACUGCCUCGCGGAGCCUCACUGUCUACUAUGGCCCUGAUACCCCUGUGCUGACCAAAGAAACCCCAAAACAGUGUGUUGGGAGAGGGGAUGUGCAGCUGGGACAGGCGGUGCGCCUCACCUGUACGUCUAACUCGCUGCCCCCUGCCCUCUUCUCAUGGCAAUACAACGGACAGCCUGUCGCGUCUGACCAGGUGAACAGUGGGGUGCUCACCCUUCAGACUUUCACGACCAAUCAGAGCGGCCAGUACGUCUGCACGGCCAGAAACACCAUCUCUGGAGUCACCUCACAGCAGGGGACAAGCGUAGCCAUCGUAGAUGUAUGUCUCAAUGUAGGGGAAGUGGUGGGGAUUGUGAUUGGAUGUUUGCUGUUCAUCCUACUCAUUGUGCUCCUCAUCCUACUUAUUCUUUAUCUCAGACGAAAGAGGAGGGCAGAGGAGAGGCAAGGACAGACUGUGGUCAUCCAGAACACCAACCCAAACACCAGACCUAUAGCUACAUAUUCACAACCUAAUGGUGCAAGGGAACAACCCCCCCUCUAUCACACCAACACUCAUAGGCACCACCCCGACCGCUUGUAUACAGCUCAGCGCGAAAGACGUGACGACCCACGGACACUACAACCGAACAGCCUGUAUAACUUCAAUGCACGCCCACACAAUGGUCGCACCCACACAAAUGGACUCCUACACAAUGCUAUUCAGAGCACUAAUUCAAACCCCCAUAAUGGCAUUGACAACCCAGCUUUCACGCAUACUAAUGUUCAAAAUGCAAAUACACUGCCAAACACACAGCGACAAAAUCCUAACGCGCCAAACCCCUAA